AUGGUCACGUCCGCAGCGGGGCUGCUUCUGCUGCCCGUGCUAAUGUGCCUCCAGCAGCGCGUUAGCGUCCACGGUACUCAGACAGAAUGUGAAGCCAACCAGUUUCAGUGUGGCAACGGCCGCUGCAUCCCGUCCGUGUGGCAGUGUGACCGAGACGAGGACUGCAGCGACGGCAGCGACGAGAGCUCCUGUGUCAGAAAGACCUGUGCUGAGGUGGACUUUGUGUGCCGAAAUGGCCAGUGUGUGCCCAAACGCUGGCACUGUGAUGGUGAACCUGACUGUGAGGAUGGCUCCGACGAGAGCUUGGAAAUCUGCCACACGCGGACAUGUCGUGUGAAUGAGUUCAGCUGCGGAGCAGGAACCACCCAGUGUAUCCCCGUCUUCUGGAAAUGCGACGGAGAAAAGGACUGUGACAACGGGGAGGACGAGGUGGGCUGUGAUAACGUGACCUGCGCCCUGAACGAGUUCACGUGUGCCAGCGGCCGCUGCAUCUCCCAGAACUUUGUGUGCAACAAUGAGGACGACUGUGGCGAUGCGUCGGACGAGGUGGACUGUGCUCCGUCCUCCUGUGGGCCCAGCGAGUUCCAGUGUGGGAACUCCUCGUGUAUCCCGGCCAGCUGGGUCUGCGACGAUGACGUGGAUUGUCAGUGCUCACCCAGUGAGAUGCAAUGCCGGUCAGGAGAGUGCAUUCACAAAAAGUGGAGGUGUGACGGAGACCCCGACUGCAAAGACGGCAGCGAUGAGGCAAACUGCCCGGUGCGUACCUGUGGAGCCGAUCAGUUCAAAUGUGAGGAUGGAAGCUGCAUCCUGGGCAGCAGACAGUGUAACGGCAUCAGGGACUGCGCAGACGGAUCAGACGAAGUCGGCUGCAAAAACGGUUUGUACCGCUCUGUGAACGGCUCUAUAGAACUGACUCAGUGCAACGGGCCAGAGAAGUUCAAGUGUCGCAGCGGGGAAUGCAUUGAAAUGAGCAAAGUGUGCAACAAGGCCCGGGACUGUCCCGACUGGAGCGACGAGCCCAUCAAGGAAUGCAACAUCAAUGAAUGUAUGAACCCUGGAAUCUGCAGUCAGAUCUGCAUUAACCUGAAGGGCGGGUACAAGUGUGAAUGUCACAACGGUUACCAGAUGGAUCCAGCUACUGGCGUCUGUAAGGCUGUUGGUAAGGAGCCCUGCCUGAUCUUUACCAACCGCCGAGAUAUUCGCCGUCUGGGUCUGGAGAGGAAGGAGUACACUCAGAUUGUGGAGCAACAGAGGAACACUGUGGCUCUGGAUGCUGACUUCAACCAGCAGAUGAUUUUCUGGGCUGACCUGGGUCAGAAGGCCAUAUUUAGCACUGCCCUGGAUAAACGUGGUGAUGUUGGAAUGCACAAGAAGCUAAUAGACAACAUCCAAACUCCUGUGGGGAUCGCAGUGGACUGGAUCUACAAGAACUUUUACUGGUCUGACCUGGGAACCAAAACGAUCUCUGUGGCCAACUUUAAUGGCACCAAGCAGAAGGUUCUAUUCAACAGAAGCCUGAAGGAACCUGCUUCCAUUGCUGUGGAUCCACUGUCUGGGUUUCUGUACUGGUCAGACUGGGGAGAACCAGCUAAGAUUGAGAAGUCUGGCAUGAAUGGAGUGGACAGACAGGUUCUGGUAGCAACAGACAUUCAGUGGCCCAAUGGCAUCACGCUGGAUCUGAUCAAAGGCAGGUUGUACUGGGUGGACUCGAAGCUGCACAUGCUCUGUAGCGUUGACCUGAGUGGAGACAACAGGAAGAAGGUGCUGCAGUCUUCAGAUUACCUGGCCCAUCCCUUUGCUGUCACGGUUUUUGAGGACCGAGUCUUCUGGACAGACGGUGAAAACCAAGCCAUCUACGGCGCUAACAAGUUCACCGGCUCUGACGUGGUGACGCUGGCCAGCAACCUGAACGACCCCCAGGACAUCAUCGUGUACCACGAGCUGAUUCAGCUCUCUGGAACCAACUGGUGCACGGAGCGGGGAGAAAACGGAGGCUGCAGCUACAUGUGUCUGCCGGCACCACAGAUCAACAAGCACUCGCCCAAAUACACCUGCAUGUGUCCAGAGGGUCAGGAGCUGGCCUCUGACGGCCUGCGCUGCAGACCAGGUGAGGCCUGGUACUGA